UAGCCGGGGGGGGAGCGCUGCUGUGAGCGAGUCAGUCGGCAAGGUGUCGCUGGGCGGGGGGAGCCUCGUCUUCUGCGCCCCCGGGCCGGGGCCGAGGCUCGGGCUCCUUGGGCGUUGCUGCUGCGCGGGACGCAGGAAGCUCUGGCGCAGUGUCCCGCAUAAGUGCGCACCUGGCUGCCUGCUCGGCCCCGCUAUAGCUACGUGGUCCGUUUCCCGGGGGACGGUGGGGACCGGUCUCCCUUUACUGCGUGCUUCGGCCGCUCAAUGUAUGCAACGUGUGGCGGCCGGUUGGAUGUGCCCUAAGCCCCUCCUGGAGGACUGUAAAUCUCCCUUUGAUAAGGGAGGCCCUUGGGGACUCCCCAGCUGACUUUUUGGGGCAAAUAAAAAGGAAACAAGAAGGGGAGUGAGGUCCUGGGUUCCUGCAAGGGACUCAAAGAGGACACGGAGCAGAGCAGACUGGCAGCAACCGCUGCCCCCUGAAGGAGGGGAGGGAGCCUGUGGAUGCUGACCAACAGCCAUGCUUCCUACUGGCCCACCAGUAGUCAGGCAGAUCAGUGAGUCAGUGGAUGUCUUGAAGUUGACUUGAGCAUAAGCAUUGAGAUGUUUGGCCAUUUGAGAACUGUGAGGAGGUUGUGUCUGGAGAAAAUAUUGCUGCAGUGGAUUCUUCAAGCAAGAGCUUUGUCAGGGGCUGAUGCCAUCAAUGCUCUCAGACCUUUCUAUUUUGCUGUGCAUCCAGAUUUCUUUGGCCAGCAUCCUAGAGAGAGGGAAAUCAAUGAAAACUCUCUGAAGAGGCUAAAUGGUUAUUUAGAGAAUAUACAGAAACCAGGAUAUAAACCUUUUACACCAACUCGUCUCACAUUUUACGUGAGAGAGAGAGAGCACAAUUCUUCUAGUGUCCAAGAAUCCCUCAGUCCUUCAGGAUUUCGAGCAGUCAGUUUUACUUUGCACACCAGGGACCUGCUAAGCACAGUAUUAGAUAUUCUCAACUCCUGCAGCUUAUCUACUGAACAUGUUCAGAGCCUGAAUGCAAGUGUGGACUCUCAACCCUACAAGGAAGUAAAAGGGACAUUCUACAGGCCAAUCAAAUGGGACAAGACUUAUUAUUCAUUUACUGGAUUCAAGGAUCCUGAGGAAGAAUUAGAGCAAGCCCAGAAAAUGGAAACUACCCUAAUUUCCUGGCUAGAGAAUAAUGAAGAAAGUGCAAUAAAGAAGCUGAAGAACAGCUUGCCACGUAGGAAAGAACUAGAGCGUUUAAAAAGUGAACUCUGUCAUCAACUACAGCUCUCUGAUAUCAGGUGGCAAAGAAGUUGGGAUAUUGCUCAUCGUUGUAGCCAGCUGCACAGUUUAAGUCGUUUAGCUCACCAGAGACCAGAAGUUCUAAUGAAUGUUAAAGGAUACACGGUUAUAUUUACAGAUUGUUCAGGUCUGAGUGCAACAGGCCACAUAAUGCUUGGGACCAUGGAUGUUCAUCAUCACUGGACCAAAAUUUUUGAGAUAUUGCCAAACUAUAAGAAACUUCAAAAAAAGCUGCUCCUUCUGGAGGACCGGAUAAGCCAUCUACUAGGAGGCAUACAAAUAACAUACAUUGAAGAGCUUCAGCCACUUUUGACUCUUGAAGAGUAUUACACUACUCUUGAUGCUUUCUAUACUAGAUUACUGAAUAGUAGACUACUUUUUCACCCUCGUAGUCUGCGGGGCUUGAAAAUGAUUCUAGAAAGUGAUAGGUAUGCCCCAAGCUUGCAUGAACUUGGACACUUUAGCAUCCCAGCAGUUUGUGAUCCAGCAACCCUUCAGUGGUUUAUUAUUACCAAAGCACAACAAGCAAGAGAGAAUCUGAAAAAAAAAGAAGAGCUGAUGGCGAUGGAAAAGGAGCUAAUUAGUACUUCCACUGAAAAAUUUUCCCUGAAACAGCUGUAUAAGGAGCCCAGCGUUUCCAGUGCACAGAUGAUAAAUUGUUGUAAGCGACUGCUAGAAGAAUCACUACCAUAUCUACAAGGCAUGCACCUCUGCAUUUCACACUUUUACUCUGUGCUGCAGGAUGGAGAUCUUUGUAUCCCUUGGAACUGGAAAAGCUGAGGACUUGUCUGUUAACAAUAGGAAUAUGUUUAUUUUCUGUAAGAAGCUAUAAAUGCAAAUUAGAUUAUUUUUAGUGUAAAUUAUUUAAAUCUGUAUUUUGAUAUCAGUAUUCAAUCCAAGACUUUCUUUAACUGCUGCUCAGAAAAUAGAACUGGAGUCCUAGACUGUUGCUGAUUAAUGUCCAGUAUCUCCAGGUCUUGCACAGUUUCUAUACUUAUCUACAAAUCCCAGCAUGGAGUAAGGGUCAUUAAAAGGAUAUUUUUUUAUAGUAAUUUAAGCAAAACUUUUGAAUUAAAUCUGAAGGUUGUAAAAAUGUGUGUGGAUUUAAAAAAUAUAUAUGGCUGUCCUAGGGUAUAUAUUCCUAGAUAUAUAAGAGAUUGUAUGUACCUCUAAAAAUAGGUACUAGGUAUUAUGUAUACCAGAAAUUACUGAACUGAAAAACUGACGUACUAAGCUGGGGAUAGCAAAAGCUGUGGAUUCAUAAUUCUCAGUUCUUUCAUAUAUCAUUAGUUAUCUGGUGCCAAUAUUAAAGUUUCAUACUGCAGUACAAAAACAAAAGGGAAAAUCAUUUAGUAUAUUUUACUUUUCAAAUAAAUUCGGUACUCUGAUGUUUGUUUAUUUCAGGUGUUUAUUUUAAAUAUCAAUCUAAUAACGCUUAAGAACAUCUACUUACACUUCAAAAAUAUUUGGAGAUACAUUUGCAAAGUGAUAGUCACUGUACAUAAUUUUUAUCUUCUUACUUGCUUGAGUAGUCUACCUGCAGUCUAGGGAAGGAAGGCAUUUAUGUUAGGGUCAUUUAUAAAGUAAGUACUCAAGAAGGUAAGAGAUUUGGAAUGUCUUUCGAAGGGUUAGACACGCAGACCUUGGUAAUUUGAAUAACAUGAGAUAAGAUUUGAGAGCUGAUUUCCUGAGAGAACGUUAGCGACGCUAGAAAGUUCUUGUUUCAUUGUAAUGCACACUAAAAACAGUGGAUUGAGUUCCACCUUUUUUGCAAAAUCAACAGAAAAGAAAUAGACAGUUGACAUGUUUAGACUUAAUCUUUGAAAACAGCUAAAAAUAGUGUAAGCAAUAGAAAAAGAAUGAUAUGAUUUCUACAUAUGUCUUGUUUGUUACAGGCAGAGAUGUUUUUUUUUAAGGUUGUCUGGCUAUACCAAUUUUUAGUCACUUUUAAUGUUGCCAAAUUUAAAUUGUGUUUGGACUAACAUUUUUCCAUGCUAAUUGUCCAAAUUCACCUGCAGACUAAUCUUUUUAUUAACAUUGCAGUUUGAAAGGUUCCGCUAUUUUGGGAAUGAGGUUAAGGAAAAAUAUCUGUUGCUAAUUUAAAAUAAUAUUAAAUAAACGCUUUUAAGACUCUUUGAAAUACUUUAGGUACGCUAAGAAUGUUAGCAUUUGAAAUGGAGGUUGUCCUUUGUGCUACAGAUACCUUUUUGGCAUCCUUGUGGAAAACAGCCAGAUCUCAUGUGACCACAACAGGAAGUGAAGGGAGACGAACUGGGAUUGGCUGGCCGAGAAGACUGACAGGAAGGGCAGGCCGGCCUUGGAAGUGAACUAGAAGCUGUUUGUGUGGGGUGAAACCUAGUCAUCUUGAGAAAUGAGAAACUGGUGGAAGCUGGGACUAGGUGGGAAGUGGCAAUGGAGAAGUUGGGAAAGAAGUAGGGAGAUCUGAGAGAGAGAGAUGGAAGUGUGGGGAGAACAGGCUGGCUGAGCAAAAAGGGGUGGGACAAGGGCAGAGGCACUAAAACUCAGAUUAUCUCCCAGUCCAGACACACUUCCCUGGCUCCUCAUUCGGCAUAAGAAUAGAGGCAGAUCAGAUGAGAAGCUGGGGGUAAGAACCUGGGCCUGAAUGGAGAAAGAGUAGGGGGCUGGAUGCUGGGAAAGGUUCUGGGCAUUGUGUGGAUGGAGAUGAGGCUCAGUGCUUAAAUCUGAGGGGAAGGCUGGGACUGGCUAUGCAGGUAGUAUGGGGCAGGACUCAGAUGAGGAUUGUUUGAAAGGGAUGGGGCCAAAUAAGUUUAAUUUUGGGAGGAACAGACAGAAGUCUAUGCCCAUCAGGAACAUAACUUCAGACUGGACUCAAACCCAGGAUUCCUGAGUCUUUGUUCCACUGCCAUCAGCAAAAUCCACUGGCAGAGUGUAUGUCUCAUCUUCUAACGUUAACUCAUGCAAGAGCUGAAAAUUAGUUAUUACUAUUGGUUACUCUGUUAGAUGAAGUGGCAGAGGUUGUGCAGUGAAUCAAAAGAUUCCAGCCAUGUUGGUGACCUAUGCUGGUGGGUGUCAGACCAAAGGAAUUUUUAUUUGGUUCACUUUUUAAAACAAAAAAAAUGUAGGCAAUUUCAAAAAUAAUGUUGAAAGAAUGCUAUGAUUGCCUGUGCAACUUUAGUUUAGCCCCCUUAUGUUCAUGUAGUUUAUAAUUAAAGGCAUGCUCAUAAUAGAAAGGCAGAAAUCAACCUCUAUCACUGCAAACUUCAGUCAUUGACUUUGCAGCCUUUAUGUUCUUUUAACAUCAUUUUUUUUUGUGUAGGAUAAGCGGGACAUCCUGAUUAAACAGGAUAUCCAGGGGUCAAAAAAAAAA